UUUUUUUUUAAUUCUCGAGUUUCUCGGUGAAUGGCUUUUGUUGCUUUCUGCUUAAUGGAAGGGCCUUAAGCUUAUCUCUCUCUCUCUCUCCCUCUCUCUCUCUGCUUUUAUUUUCUCAGCAGUUCGUGCAUUUUUGCCUGCAAUUUUUAAAAGCAGCAAUCGAUUCUCUUCUCUUUGUCUCUUCCACCAAGCUUUUCUGCGUAAAAGAGGCUGUUUUGAGAAGUUUUGAGUUCUGAUGUUUUCACCGCUGCUGGGCGUGGAAGAGGAAGGGCAGAGUAAUGUCUCUUCUUCCCCCUCUGUUGAUUGUAUCUCCCAGAAUGGCUUGGGGUUAAAGAAGCGGAAUUAUCUUGGAUUAUCAGAUUGUUCUUCAGUUGACAGCUCAGGUGUCUCGAGCUUGCCAGAGGAUAACAAGAAUAAUCUGAAUUUGAAUGCUACAGAGCUGAGGCUCGGUCUUCCCGGAUCCCAGUCCCCCGAGAGAGAAACAGAGCUUUGCUUGUUGAACCCGGGAAAACUUGAUGAGAAGCCACUGUUUCCGCUACUUCCUUCUAAAGAUGGAAUCUGCUCAUCAUUACAGAAAAGUGUUGUUUCUGGAAACAAAAGGGGGUUCACUGACACCAUGGAUGGAUUCUCUGAGGUUAAAGGCUCUGUGUUCACUGAAAAAAGUUGGAUGUUUCAUGGAGCUGGUUCUGAUUCUGAAUCUCCACAACCCAUGGGACACGGAAAAUUUCCUGGUAAUUCAGGGGUUAAUGUGAAGCUGUCAGCAAGGUCUCAAAUAUUUGUAAAGAAAGAUGGGCCAUCAAAUGUUCUACAAGAACGGCCUGGGGCCACUAAUGGAACUAACCUCAAGCAAACUGGCAUUUCUAACAACAACAGCAAUGCACCAGCUCCCAAAGCACAGGUUGUUGGUUGGCCACCGAUAAGAUCUUCUAGGACUAAAAUCCUGGCCACUUCUUCAAAGAACAAUGAUGAAGUUGAUGGAAAACCAGUUCCUGGUGCUCUUUUUGUCAAGGUCAGUAUGGACGGGGCUCCUUACCUGAGGAAGGUAGAUUUGAGAAUGUAUUCAACUUAUCGGGAACUGUCAUCUGCUCUUGAGAAAAUGUUCAGCUGUUUUACCCUCGAUCAAUGUGGUUCCCAUGGUGCUCCCGGGAAGGAAACCUUGAGUGAGAGCAAGUUGAAGGAUCUUUUACAUGGAUCAGAAAAUGUGCUUACAUACGAAGAUAAAGAUGGUGACUGGAUGCUUGUUGGGGAUGUUCCAUGGGAGAUGUUUAUUGAAACGUGCAAGAGGUUGAAAAUCAUGAAGAGCUCUGAUGCGAUUGGAUUAGCUCCUAGAGCAAUGGAGAAAUCCAAGAUCAGCAACUAGAAAGACAACUCUGGAUAUGAUUUAAUUUCCUCGUACCCAAUUCUAAGUGAAAAUUCCAGUGAGUGGAGGAAGCUGUGAUAACUGAGAGCAGAAACUGGCAGGGUGCAUUGUGUGGAAUGAACAUCUUAUCAUAUUCCAUCUCAUCUCUGUUUUGGUUGCACGAAGAAUCAGUGUUACUUUUUGUUUUUAUGAUGAUUGUUCAAAAUUGUAUUGUUUUCUGUUGAAUGUAUGUUUGAUGGUAGAGCCAUCCGGUUGUACUGCUUCAUCUGUUGAUUCCCUGUGAUAACUUUGUAUUUUUCAUUGUGUUUCCAUUUCAAAAUUCCUACUA